GUCGGAAUCAUACACUCAGCUCCAGUCCAACAGCCAACAUGAUGGUAAAAGUGCUUUUACUGGCCGCUUUGGCUACUUUUGUAGUCGCUGCUGAAUAUUCCGGCAACUUCCAAAAGUGCCCAGUUUAUGGCCCUUUUGAGAUCAUCGACAUGCCCAAGCUAUGGAACAUGUACAAGACCACCUACAACAAGAACUACUCGGGCGUUGAAGACCAAAUGCGUUAUGGGCUUUUCGAAAAAGCUGUGAAAUCCGUGGUGGAGUCCAACUUAAAAUCCAUUGCCAACAUGAGCAUGGAACUUUCUGCUAUCAAUGUGUUCAGCGACUGCACUCCUGAAGAAUACCAGAGUUGGCUGCAAAACGGUCGCCUCAACUGAAGGCUUUGAAUAAAUCCGAAUUUGAGGAAAUAAAAUUAAAAUAAUCCGAAUUUGAGGAAAUAAAUUAAAAAUAAUAAAAA